GAAGGUACAUACUACUGGAUUAGUGAGGUACAACCUUACACAUUAGGAUAUAGCAACUCUAAGUUUAGCCAUAUGUGUGGCUAGUCAAUGACCUUGUAUUAGCCAAUGGAGAGAGAGAGAGAUAACGCGGAAAGGGUGGUGAACUGUUAAUAAUGUAGAUAAGUUAGCCACAGAUAAGUUGCUUGGGGAGGGUUGUGAUAGAGAGACAUUUAGUGCUUAGCUGGUGCAAGUAAGUGUCCAGUUUUGGAAAACGAGUUGGCCUGCAAGAUGGGUGUACAAGCACUACGUCUCACUUGCGCCGUUCUGCUGUUGAUAUGUUGGACAUCAGAUCCCGUUAAUUGUCAGUCAGUGAAAAUAGAAGGGGUCUCCACUAACUUCUUUACCAUCUCCUGGCCACGAGUUCUUCAAUGGUUUGGCGUAGAGAGUUUCACCAUUACCACCCAACCUGAAGAUUCUCACUCUUGUCAACAGACAAUACCCUGCAAAAAUGAUACCUGCGUCUACAACAGCAGAGGAUGUAGCAGUAUCUUCCCAUGUACCAACACCAGUAUUGUUGUGACCGGCGACAAUUACUCUGCUCCUCAGCUCAGUCUUAUUACAGCUCCACCGAUGGUAGAAAGCAUAACCGUAGAGAUUUAUGGUGCUAACCUAACCAUCACUUGGAACAACUCUGCCGCUGAAGCCUCCAAUUGCUUAGAGGAAACUGACUUUGAGGUGCAUUUGUCCGAGGAUAUCAUCUUCAUGCAUACCAAUAUCUCUCAGAACACUUACUGGAAGUCACUGUGUGGGGUAACCGAUGGAUUUGUGGUGAUGCAGAAUAAUGGUGGUGAUGGUAGUAGCCGAACCACUGGUAAACUUAUACAUUACCAUUACCCUGAUGUCAUCCCUCUGGUAGCCUCUCUGAACACAACCUCCAAGUGCACCGAGGUGAGUGUAACGUGGGUGUACAAUGAUGUGUGUCCAGAUGUUGCCUAUAUCACCGUAUAUAUAGAACGUGGAGAAUAUUACUCCACAAAAAACACCAGCAUCACUUCUUACGUGUUCCAAGGGUUGCUGAUUGGCACACACUACGAAGUUUGCGUCAAGGCCAUGGCCGCCGACCUCAGCACCUUGGGAAGUCAUGUUUGUGAAUACAUCAGUACCGCGUCGGAUGUUGUGGCAGACUUGACGUUGGAGGCUCUGGGUUCGACAGAGUUAAGCGCCAAUUGGUUACCUCCCAUAUGUCCAGCAGGAAUUGGUCUCUACUAUGAGGUUCAGGUUGAGGACGAGACGUUUUUUGAUUACCAUUAUGAUGAAAAUAUGCAAGAAACUAACCAUACAUGGAGUGAUUUAAGGUAUGGUAACACGUAUAGUGUGUGUGUUACGGCUCGAUAUAAAGAAACUAAAGGCGAGGAGCUCUGCAAAAAAGGCAACACAUUACUAAGUCGACCGUACUUAGUGAAGGUGGAGGAAAUCAGCUAUACCAAACUUCUGGUCACUUGGGAUUUCGACACCUAUCAAGGUGACAAUUCGUAUGAUUUUAAGUUCAAUGUGACGUGGGGUGACUCCCUUGAGAACUCCGCCAUCACUCAAUAUUAUCAGUAUUCCAUUAGAGGGUACAACGUGAGCCGGGAGAACCGUAGAGUGUGCGUAAGGGCCACCCAACAUGACGACUUUUUCAGCCAAAACGGAUGUCUGGGAGACCCUUACGUCCCAACCACCCAAGCCCCUUACCCAGUUAUUGAUGGUAUGUCGGCGGGGUUGAUAGCAUUCAUCGUCAUCGGUUGCCUCGCUGCAGUUUUUGCCAUCAUAAGCAUCGGUAGCAUCGCCGCAAUACGUAUGAAGAGGAGAAAUAUAUCCAAUAGUUCUCUCACACAUCAGAACAACUUGGGUAUUCAACAUUAAAUGAGUUAAGGUUUUUGGGCUUGUUACAGAUAACUUGUAGAGAUAGAUAGAUAGGAAGAGAGUGUAUGUGUGUGUAAUCAUGCACACUUAAAAAACGAACCCCGUCAAAAGAUGAUGAUGAUUAAAAUUCUGGGCAUAAGUGAAUAAUGCACCUGAUGCACAGUCUAAGGGGGAGGGGGGAAGGGUGAUGUUAUACCACCCCAGGCGCCUGCGAUUUGGAUUUUCGAUUGGACCAGAUAGCUUUCAGAUAGCCAGAAAGAGGCAUAAAAAUACAAAAUUUGUGUAACAAUCAUUUAUAUAGUGAGGGAUACAUGUAAAGUACUGCAUUUUUAAAUUCCCAUACUGUAUAAUUAUACUUAGGCCACAUAAAGUUGGUGAAAAAAAAAACUGUCUCAUAAUUAUAUAAAAGCAACUGUGAUAAGCUUGUUGAGAGUUGUUGGUGCCAUUUUUUUUUUAAUAGUCCAAAAAAAUAUGCCUGAUUUUUUUUUUUUUUUUUUAGUUUGUACAGCUGUUAAGGGACACACCAACAAUAUUUCUGAGUUAAAAAUUGAGAUAGGAGUUGACCUUUAAGUAUUCACUCACCAUUUCUUGGUGUGCCUAUACUGCAUUGCUGUGUAAGAUUACUCUUUCUGCUCUCCAACCAUCACACAUUCUUCUAUCCACACCUAUUUUCAAUCUACUAUCCAGAGAAGUUCAGCAAGUUAUUGUCCUGUAAUUCAUAAUGUUGAGAAACUCAAAAACCCUUACACAUGCACUAUUUAAAUGUACUAGUACAUGUAAUCCACUAACUAUGAAAUAUAUUAAAAUACAAAAUCUAUAGCUACAAAUUAUCCUUCACUACCAAGGAUGAUGGUGUGUGUGUGUGUGUGUGUGUGUGUGCAAUCUCUUCUAGACACGCAUAACAAAACCCACAACAACCCCCCCCCCUUGUUAAUUUGAGCAUAACUUUCAAUGUUCACUCCAUAUUAGCUGCCUUCACUGUUGUUUUCUCUCUCACCACACCUUCCUAAUAUUUUGCUGUCAACCACACUUUCCUUAUAUGUACAGUAAACUCUCGGUAACUCGGAAUUUCAUAUUAGUCGGCAUGGAUGUGAUCUCGGAAUGUAUUAUAGUAGUGUGCAGUAUAACUCGGGAAAUACAGAGAUAUAUAAAUUAUCUGGGAAAACCUCGGCAUAUCUGGCCACCUGCAUCACCUACCAUGCCUCUGUGUCACCUACCAAGCAUCUGUCACCUACUAUGAUGCUUCAUUCUUUAGUAAUUACAUUGUAAUUUUUUAUUGUUGUAGGAGGAGAAGUGCCUCGAUAAUUCGAAAUUUGGGAUGACUCAGCAAGGCCAGAGCCCCACAUGUGCCGAGUUCUCGAGGAUUUACUGUACAAUAUUUCACUAUUUCCUCAACUAGUUUCUACAUAACAAUUUACAUCACUUAAUACUUUUUCAUCAUAGUACAAGCACAGUAAUCCCAAAUAACACAUUCUAAAUAAAUUAUUCUACAAAUCUCU